AAUGUGAUUUAACUAGCAGCUAAUGUUACCAGACUUUAAAAUGUUACAGAAAUGAUAUUAAGGGUACGUGUUGCUCCAAAACGGAUUAAAAUAAUUUAAAUAGAAAAAUCCAUUUAUUGCCCACACGCCGCUUUGACUUUGUGGUGAAUGCAUGUCUAAAAUGUCCAAACCUGCAGUACUUUCACUUAAUCAAGCACUGAGGAAGAGCUUCCAGAGUCUUGAAAACAAUCACAAAGUAUGGACGAGUGUGUUGGCCGAUUGCAGCCCUCUGAUGGUGUCUCUCGGGAAUUUAGCAGAGCAGUCGAGAGCGCUUUCCAAUGUCCAAAUCUCCAACACACCUCUCAGAGACUUUCCUGACCUGGAGGAAAGGCUGCGUUUUAAGCUCUUACAAGCCACGGAUACAGUACUGGGCAAACUCAAUGAGAAAAUGUCUUCUCUACAGUCUGUCAGAGAUUCCAUCAGUAACCAGGUCUCUGCAGUCUUCCAGCUUUACGAGCAGAACACGGACAGUCUGGAUCUGCUCACUGUGACCGAGCGCUCGGCCACCGCCCCUUCACUCUCUGAAAUGCUGGAGUGGCUGCAGGAUGCUGAGCGUCACUAUCGACAACAAUUUCUGAGGAGGAAGACUCUUCUGCAGACACUGAGAGCAGAUGAUCUCUCCCUUUUAGAAUCUGCUCCCAAAACAUGGAAAUCCUUAGAGUCUCCCAGUGCAGAAGACCGCAUCACAGAUACACUUUGCAAAGUGUCCUUCUUUGUUGAAUCUCAAUGAAGAGUGUAAAAGCGACAUAAGAGGAAAUCUGACCAGCCUGUGAAUGUGACUGCAUUUACACUGAGACACUAGAAGAGAAGAGCAGGAUCGUUAAAGGAAUAAUGAGUAAACAUACCUCUACACUUAAAGAGGGACGCAUUUCCUGUGGAUGUUACGAAAAGGACUGGAUUUUAAUUUUGUUGUAUAAAUGUCUGUAGAUGUGUUCUUGGAUGGGAAGUGUGUGAAUGUACCAGACUUCAUAUGGUAAUUCAAGAUGAAGAGGAAAUUACAACAUGGAAAAAGAUGCCUUUUUGGACAAAAACUGAUAUUUUCAUACUUGAUUAAUGACAGUGAAAAUCAUUUUUAUCACAUUGUUAUAUGUGAUGGUCAAAAUGGUUACAAAACAGUUUGUGAAGCGUGCUUUAACAAACUUGUUUUAUUUCACACUUUCAAUGUCGACACAGUUAGUCAAGGCUUCAUGUGACAAAUUGAGAGGUAAUGACAUUGUCAGAGAAUAACUGCUUAAGAAAUCACUGCAAUCUUCACAACACAAGCCAUCAUAAAAGCCACCAACAGUCA